CUUGUAACCUUAAUAACCUUAUCUAUCGAUCUCCGACACAUGGCCGGAAAUAGGCGGUUCAUACCUGAUACAUGAUACCUGAUACCUGAUACAUACAUGUAAUCGACAUAGGUAAUGCGUGUAUGAUCCUUCUUUGUUCUCACGGUGAUCCUUGUAAGACACGCUUCUCCCAGAAAAGAAAUGGAAAAGAGUUAUGCGGUAUCUACGAUGUGGGAUGUGGGCAUCUAAGAUCAUGUUUCUAAUCUUUUCUGGCCUCUGAUGAUGAGAGACGGUCCUCUCAAAUUUGUUAGCGCCGAAAAAUUAUUUCUCUUUUUCUUUGUCUUCUUUCUUCUUAGUUAUUAUUUUUCCUCUUUUCACAUUCCGAGAGAUUUCAGAUCUCUCUCGUACGUCCGAAUUUGUGUACUGGAUUUGUGUACUGGAUUUUGCGACAGGUCAGUCCUAGGGAUCACACCGGGACUCGUCAAUCUCUUAAGCACGUCAACCUUGGGACGCCACUAAAUUCACCCAACGGGAUUCCCAACGGGGAUGGUGGUUAGCGGACACGGUGGUAUUAGCUCUAGUGCUUCUAGCGCCACGGCGGUGCCUGUUACAAACCAAGAGAAUAUUAUUAUGGACGAACCGGUAGGGCUGCCGCGUUAUGGCGCGGUGCCGUCACAGCCUGGCAUACAGCCUGGCAGGGCUUCCGAUCCGGAUGGCUCGUUCCUGAUUAGCCAGGCCGGAACCCUGUCCCCGAUGCAAGACGACUCCUGGACGAGUAGCGAUGAAAAGGACAGCGGUGACAGGAGGAUGGGUGAGCAGGUAGAAGAAGAAAAGGGUACCAAAAGUCGAGACUUGGCGAGGACCAGCACGAACCUGUCUAUCGCCGAAACGCUUUCCUUGCCUCGGGAAAUCCUAUUCGUCUUUGUCAUAUGCCUUGCGCAACUCUUCACGCAGUGUGGCCUCGGUCAAACCAUAAGCAUCAUUCACACAAUCGGUGAACAUUUCGGCAUCACGAAUCCUGGAGAGCUAAGUUGGUUCAUGGCCGGCUACAGCUUAACCGUAGGCACAUUCAUCCUCUUCUCGGGAAGGCUAGGCGAUGUCUUCGGUCAUAAAAACCUAUAUCUUAUCGGUAUGGGUUGGUAUUCCAUCUGGAGCGUAGUUUGUGGGCUCUCUGUCUACUCGAAUCACGUCCUUUUUAUAUUCGCCCGUGUCCUACAGGGAAUCGGUCCCGCUAUCAUCCUUCCGAACGGAUUGGCUAUCCUUGGUAUCACGUACGCCCCCGGCCGGCGCAAGGAGAUGGUAUUCGCUAUUUUUGGAGCAAUGGCACCGACCGGUUCUGUCAUCGGCUCGCUAUUUGCAGCUAUACUCGCUCUCGCCUGGUGGCCUUGGGCAUUCUGGGCAUUUGGCAUCGUUCUCGCCGCAACUGUUGUCGUAGGCUACUACGUUAUCCCGGAAGCUUCGAAUAGACAUCAUGCCCAGCCCAAAGGCUUGAAGAAUACGCUGCGAGAGCUCGAUCUUGUAGGGACAGCCCUCGGUGUGGGUGGUCUCGUCCUCGUCAAUUUUGCGUGGAACCAGGCCCCCGUUGUAGGCUGGGAGAAGCCUUACGUUUAUGUUUUGCUCAUCGUCGGAUUACUAUUACUUGCCGCGUUCUUCGUAUUCGAACUAAAGUUCGCCCAAUACCCUCUCAUCCCUUUCAACGCCUUCUCCUACGAAGUAUCCUUUGUCCUGGGUGCUAUAGCAUGUGGGUGGUCUUGCUUCGGCAUCUGGUUUUUCUACUCCUGGGAAUUCCUGCUCGUCCUUCGAAGAGUACCGCCCUUGCUGGCCACGGCGAUGUUCAUUCCGACCGUUCUUUCGGGGAUUAUUGCAGCCCUCUUCACGGGUUAUACUCUACAUCGUCUUAGGCCGCCUAUAGUCAUGACCAUGGCUCUCGUUUUCUUUACGACAGGCAUCAUCAUCCUCGCGACUUGCCCUGUUGAGCAGGUCUACUGGGGUCAGUAUUUUGUGGCUGGCAUUGUCAUGCCUUGGGGGAUGGACAUGAGCUUCCCCGCCGCAACCCUCAUCCUCUCCGAUGCCGUACCACGAAAGCACCAAGGCAUUGCUGCGAGCUUGGUUAAUACCGUAGUCAACUACAGCAUUUCGUUAGGGCUAGGCUUCGCAGGUACCGUCGAGACGCAAGUCAACAAAGGCGGGCAUAACCCGGGGGAUAUCCUAAAGGGAUACCGAGGGGCAUACUACAUAGGCAUCGGGCUUGCGAGUCUAGGCGUGCUUGUGUGUAUUGCUUUUAUCGCUAAAAGCAAAGACCGAAAAGAUACUGCUAGCCAAGACACGCCUUGAAAAUUUGGUAUAAUUAGGAUGGCUUUAUGCUACGUCACGCACCGCUUACUAUCCCCCUUCGAUAUAUUGGCAUUUGAGCCAGCAAAGAUCCCGCGAGUUAUUUUAUAUAAACCGAAUCUGCUUGGUGAACCGUGGGCCAUUUUCGUUAAUACGUCUUAACACAAAGGCACGUCGGCAAUAUCGAGAGCAACGUAGGACAACAUAGACGAUCGAAUCCUGUAGAGGUGCUUGGUACUGGGAGGUACCUAGAUGGCAAUAUCUCUUAUUUAGGACAUGUGAUAGACUAUGUUGCCUCGUAUUUACGUUCAUACGAUGAUCACGAUACUUAGAGGUGGCAAUACUCGAUAGAUAUGAAGGCGCAAGCGACAGAUCGGCUAAGAAUAGAAGGAUGGACAUAUAUCAGCACAAUAGAUUCCAGUACACCUAAAAAAUAUUUCAAUGAUUAUGCAAAUAAAA